AUGGCUCCCCCAACCGCCGGCGUGACGAAGCAGAGAGCCCGCACAUUCGUGCGCACCCGCGUCGUCACCAAGCCCAUCGCCGCCGACACCCCACCGCCUCCACCGCGCCUCAACACUGCAGGCGUGCGACAGGCCUCGUUCCCGCUGCCCAUGCUUCGACUCUCGAGAGCAGGUCCCGCGGAGAAGAGGACCGUGACGCCGCCACAGCGGCCACCAACGAAACCCGGCGUGAGAACCACUCCGCCAGUCGCACUCUCCAUGCCCUUACUGGACAUGGAGACAACGCCGCCGCGCUCGUUCGCAAGUAACAACCCUUUCUCGCCAUUGUUCGAGUCGGAGAAGACGCCGCCGCGCUCAUACGCGGCCGUCUUAAACACAAAUCCGGACUCGCCACCGCACGCGCCCCCGCGUCCGUCCCCCCGGACGAUGCCCACGCCUUCACCGAAGCCUGUCAAAUUGCAACCGCCGCUCGCCCCAGCGAGCAGGAAGAUACCGCCCAUCGUGGUGGACCAGCUGCCCGACUGGCCGCACCACUUCCGCAAGCUCGCUACCUGGUUCGCCUACGCCCCCCCGGCGGAACGCGCCCUGAAGCUGGCCAUCAAAGACCUGCCCGUGGAGACCAACAUCGCCGAGCUGGAGGAGGAGCUGCGCAAACGCGGCUUCGACCCCCAGUACAUCCGUCCCAUCCAGGGCAGGGUGGGCGGUAUCUUCUUCGUGGAGAUCCGGCGGACACUGGGCUUCCAGUCUAUAUAUGACACCACCGAGCUACUCUGUAUGCCCGGUAUCAAAAUUGAAGCCUGGAGGGGACGCAAAGGAGCUCCUCAAUGUCAUCGCUGCCAGCAGUUUCGGCACAGUAGCCACAACUGCCACCACCCGGCGGCCUGCGUUCGCUGUGGCAAAAGCCACGCAGCGAAGGACUGCCAGCGACCCCGGGAGGUACCGGCCACGUGCUGCAACUGCGGAGGUGCACACCCAGCCAACAGCCCUUCUUGCCCUGUGAAGUCGCGCGAGUUGCGCAACACAAGGGCAGGCACCGCGCCCUUGACCAGUGCAAGAAGAGCUGCACCUGCGACCUCCAUUGUGGACCCGAGCAGCGAACCGACAGCGAGGAGCUCGCUCAUGGCCGCGGCGAACGGCCCGAACGGGCCCAAGCCGCAAAGGCAGAGGCGCGCCCGUAAAAGGGCUACCCCUUCCCCCACUGCCACCACCACCGCCGAGCCCAUCGCCGUGGAACCCGUCCCGCCGCAGCCCUCUACGAUAACAGAGACAGCAGCCGCCGCCCCUCCCAAGGGGAAGAAGGCGAGGCCCCAAGCGGAGGCACCCCCAGCUUCCUCCAGCGAGAAGCUGGAAGUACUGGAGCAGUCAAUCCAACUGCUCCACGACAUCCUGGCGGCCAUCCGCACACGGACUGACCCAGUGCCCAUCAUCAGUCGGAUAUCGGCAGUGAGGUUGACUAUUGCACGUCCACGUCGCAACAGUGCCGACGAGGUGGUGGAUUGCCAUCGAGGGUGCUCAGUGUUGGUGACUGACUGA